AUGAGCAAAGCGUUGUUGGGAAUUUUGAAGACGGCCAAGAUUAGUUAUAGGAGGAGGAGGAAAUCACAAACAUUUGCAGCAAAGAAAAGGGCAAUCAGCAUUUUCAAGACAAUGUCUGUUGCCCAUGUUGAUGAUGAUGAUGACCUUGUAGACCUUUGCCAUAUAGAAAAGAUAUUCUCCAAUGGCGAUAUAUUUAUUGGUCAAUGGAAUCCUACGCAUAUUCCUUAUGGGAAUGGCAAGUAUAUAUGGUCAGAUGGAUGUAUCUAUUUUGGUGAAUGGCAUAAGGGUAUGAUUUGUGGUAAAGGCAAGUUUAGUUGGCCCUCUGGUGCCACUUAUGAGGGUCAGUUCAAGAACGGCUAUAUGGAUGGUGAAGGUACAUUUACGGGUUCUUUAAACGAUACUUAUAGAGGUUAUUGGUCCAUGAAUAGAAAGCAAGGAAAGGGGAUUAUAAGUUAUGCAAAUGGUGAUCAAUAUGAAGGGGAAUGGAAAAAGGGAUUUCAUGAUGGCCAAGGCAGGUACCAUUGGAAUAGUGGUCAUCACUAUAUUGGGCAAUGGAGGAACGGGAAGAUGAAUGGGAAUGGGACCAUGAUUUGGGCUAAUGGGAAUCGGUAUGACGGGUGUUGGGAAGAUGGAUUACCUAAAGGAAAUGGUACAUUUCAUUGGCAAGAUGGGAGUUUCUAUGCUGGUGUUUGGAGUCGGGAUCAAAAGGAACAAACUGGCAAGUUUUAUCCUUCCACUUCUUUAGAUCAUCAUGAUGAUUGGGAUCCACAUCAGCUUUUUACUGUUGAAAUGGGUGAAUGCUUGAUUUGUCAAGGUGAAAUAAUUACAAUUUUUCCUUCCGAUAAGGUGUUUAGUUGGUCCUUUGAGGAAGAAGAGACACCACCGAGGAAGAAUUCAAGCGGUACAAGAACUUCCAUUGACGGGAGGUCGAGCAAUGGUGAUACGUCGGUCGCAGAAGGUAAUAGUGGGAAUGGAUUAGUUCGAAGGUCGCUUAAGAUCAGGAUGCAGCCUGCAAAGAGGCAAGGUGUGACGAUAUGCAAAGGCCAUAAGAAUUAUGAGCUUAUGCUUAAUCUACAGCUUGGUAUAAGACAUUCUGUAGGAAGGCCUGCUCCAUCUAAAUCUCUUAAACUGAAGCCUACAAAUUUUGAUACUGCGCAGAAGUUAUGGACUAAAUUUCCUCCAGAGGGAUCCAAACAUACUCCACCUCACCAGUCAUGUGAAUUUAAAUGGAAAGAUUACUGCCCAUUGAUUUUCAGGACUCUCAGGAAGCUAUUUAAUGUAGAUCCAGCUGAUUAUAUGUUAUCUAUAUGUGGAAAUGAUGCUCUCCGGGAGCUUUCUUCCCCAGGAAAAAGUGGAAGUUUUUUUUAUUUGACACAUGAUGAUAAAUACAUGAUCAAGACCAUGAAGAAAUCAGAAGUUAAAGUUCUAAAAAGAAUGCUUCCCGCAUACUUCGAGCACGUGAAAUCCCUUGAGAACACCCUCGUCACAAAGUUUUUUGGCCUCCAUUGCGUGAAGUUGAGUGGACCUAUCCAAAAGAAGGUUCGGUUUGUUAUUAUGGGAAAUUUACUGUGUACCGAAGUACCUAUUCACAGACGCUACGACUUGAAAGGGUCUUUCCAUGGGCGAAUAACAGAUAAACCAGAAACUGAAAUAGAUGCAAACACCACGCUAAAGGAUCGUGAUCUCAAAUUUAUUUUCCGGUUGCAGAAAGAUUGGUUUCAAGAAUUCUGCAGUCAAGUCAAUAAGGACUGUGACUUCCUUGAACAAGAGAAAAUUAUGGACUACAGUCUCUUGGUUGGUAUUAGCUUUCAAGAGAGGAGUAGGGAAGCAGUGGAAGCUAAUUCCAAACUUGAUAGCACAGGAUCAAAUCCGAGAGUUUCGACAGAUGAGGAUGCUCCUCUCAAUCCUGCACGGUGGGCAGCUGUACGGCUAGGUUUUCACAUGCCAUCACGGGUUGAAUUCACGGUGAGAAGUCAUGAGACUCAGCUCGUUGGAGAACCAACCGGAGAGUUCUGUGAUGUCAUCCUCUUCUUUGGUAUAAUAGAUAUAUUACAAGAUUAUGACAUAAGUAAGAAGCUUGAACAUGCAUAUAAAUCAUUCCAAUAUGACUCCACUUCCAUCUCUGCUGUCGAUCCCAGAAUGUAUUCUAAACGAUUUAAGGAUUUUAUAUUAAGAGUUUUUGCAGAUGAUAGCUAAAAGUUAUAAAAUUCAGUUCAUGAUUAUACGCCUGAGAGCUGGUAGGCGUCAAAUGUACAGCCGGUCUAGAAAGAAAGAGAUCACUGUUGACCGUGCUUACCAGUUAACGUGAUGUGAGUGGUAGGCUAGAUAGUUGUUAGAAC